CACAUAAGGCAGACUGGAAAACUAAAGCACUUAUUUUCUUAAACUAACCCACCAAGAAAGAGGGCUGGAGAUCCAAUGAUUUCUGAAACCUCGGCCUAAGGUAACCCGUAAUGGUUUGAAAGUAAUGUCACUCUAUUUUCUUUUUGCCUCUCUCGCAAGUAAAGUGAGAGUUCACAGAGACUGUGCGGUUUCCUCGAGUGCGUUUUAGAAGCUGCCUUAACGAAAAGGUUACUACACUACCGGAAUUAAAACAUCGUGGAAAUUAUUAAUUUAAAGCCGCGGAGUAUUUUCCCAACAACGUAAUAUUACCUCUAACUUUCUGGGAUAACGCUGCAAAAUUUUUUAGGUUAUUUUUCAACCGAAUAGGUUGCGAAUUUAAUGCGAUGAUCAUUUUCACUUUCAUACCUUCAUCCGCAUUUCAUAUAUUUCAAUUCAUGCUUACAAGAUCUCCCUAAUUUUAUGUCUGAACGCAAGGCUUUUUAAUGGAAUCUUCAUUCAAGGCCAAAACUAACACUAAGCGCUAAACAGAAACUGCCUUAUGAAAAAACUUUUAAAAUUGACGCGCUGUUUUAAAGGCCUCACUGGAUCUGGAUGGGGUUAAAUACAAACGUAAGCAAAACAUUACUUUUGCAAUAUUUAAAUAAUGUCUAAAAAAUAAUGCUUCCCUCUGAGAUACCUGGCGAAUAAAAUUCUCACAGGGCCACAGCCUAAACAGGCUAAGCUGCUCUGUUGAAUCAGGAAGGCCAAACUUUUUUUCGUAAUGCUGGACAGAGAUUAAAACAACAUCUAAAAGCGCGUUGUUAGUUCCCUCUGAGACACCCGGAGAAUAAAUUCAAAAGGCUAAGCUGCUCUGUUGAAUCAGGAAGACCAAACUGUUUUACUUAAUGCUAGACGGGGAUUCAAAAAAUAUCUGAAAAGCGAGUUUUUAGUUCCCUCUGAGACACCCGGAGAAUAAAAUUCUCACAGAGCCACAGCCUAAAAAGGCUAAGCUGCUCUGUUGCAUCAGGAAGGCCAAACUUUUUUUCUUAAAUGCUGGAUAGAGAUUCAAACAAUAUCUAAAAGCGAGUUUUUAGUUUCCUCUGAGACACCCGGAGAAUAAAAUUCUCACAGAGCCACAGCCUAAAAAGGCUAAGCUGCUCUGUUGCAUCAGGAAGGCCAAACUUUUUUUCUUAAAUGCUGGACAGAGAUUCAAACAAUAUCUAAAAUCGAGUUUUUAGUUCCCUCUGAGACACCCGGAGAAUAAAAUUCUCACAGAGCCACAGCCUAAAAAGGCUAAGCUGCUCUGUUGAAUCAGGAAGGCCAAACUGUUUUACUUAAUGCUAGACGGGGAUUCAAAAAAUAUCUGAAAAGCGCGUUUUUAGUUCCCUCUGAGACACCCGGAGAAUAAAAUUCUCACAGAGCCACAGCCUAAAAAGGCUAAGCUGCUCUGUUGAAUCAGGAAGGCCAAACCGUUUUACUUAAUGCUAGACGGAGAUUCAAACAAUAUCUGAAAGCGCGUUUUUAGUUCUUUCUGCAUGAAACACCCGGAGAAUAAAAUUCUCACAGAGCCACAGCCUAAAAAAGCUAAGCUGCUCUGUUGAAUCAGGAAGGCCAAACUGUUUUACUUAAUGCGGGACAUGCACUAUCAUCUUCACGGAUCUAAUUAGUGCAAAAUUAAAUAAAGCUGUAAUCUGUAAAUCAAUUUUUGGUUUAUGAAAUUUUACUCACUUUUACCGACAGUUGAUAGCCACUGGCUUUGGCAAAAUAAAUUUUCCCCUUUUCUUUAAAGGGAUUCGAUAAAAUUGAAAAUAUCCACUACGAUCCACACUUAAAAACUGAACUCUGACUGAAUUGAACUGUUUGCGAUCAGGCUUAAGAAAUAGCGAUCUCCAUCAACAUUCUCCAUGAACAUUACACUUUCACAUCAUUAGCAGUUAUUGAGAAUUUAUGAAAUGAUCGAUUGAUCAGUGUCGACCUUAAAACGUUUUUGCGCUAAAAUGAUAAUAGGUAGCCAUUUGAAGGUGAUACAAAGGAACCUAAAAUAGACUUACCAAGUUUCGGCCGAUGUUUAGAAAAUUGAAAAGGGCUGAAGAGCAUCACCGUUCGGGCUAAAUCCAGUCAGCGACCCUUAAUAAAAAUCAUUUAAGUUUACAUAAUCAACAACGACGUGAAUGCCCGAGUUUCUGACUUGACGGUCAUGGGCAUCUGCCACCGUCAGGGAAUCAUACGAUAUCGCUUCUCGAAUGAAUCCCUCAUUUUAAAUUCCCCAAUUCAGUAAUCCACGACCAAGUACCUUUUCCAGAUCUUCUCCUCACGACGAAACGCUUUCUCUGACUUCUCUGGCCGCUUCCUGCUAUAUUUUCUAGUAGCUGGAAGGAAUUUCGUCCUUCUUUGAUCGCUUUAAACCCGCUUUCGUCGGCAUUUCAUCGGCGCAAGUUAAAGGCUCGUGCUAACGUUAAAACGACAACAACAUGAUCUUUCCUCUUUGAAAAACCAAACCUGGAUGGGUUGACUCGAGCGC